CCCGCAGCCUUCGGGUCGGCUCGAGCCAUCGGGCCGACCGCGUGUGUGGCGGAGAUGGCCUGGCUGGGCGCAGGCGACGGCGGCACGGCUGGGCGGGGCGCAGGAUGCGGCUCACUGGACCGCGAGGGGGGCGACCCGGCGGGGCCCCGCUGGCGACGUCGGUUGUUGCCCGCCGCGCUGCUUGGCGCGGGCGCCUUGGCCUGCUGGCUGUACGUCCCCGCUGGGGACGAGGUCACGCAGAUCUGCCGCGCCAGCGCCAUGUACAGAGAGUGCGGGCGAACGCUGCACCUCGCGGAGGACUCCAAGGUGCAGGCGUUCGUGGAGACCUGCCGCGAGGUGUUCCCGACGCUGCCGGAGUCCGCCAAGAAACACCUGCUUCAGGC